AUGCGGCUGGUCCCUCGUGAAUUAGACAAGCUAUUGGUACACCAAGUCGGAUCGCUUGCUCAGAAACGGCUAGCAAGAGGUGUGCAGCUCAAUCACACGGAAGCAAUUGGGCUCAUUUCAUGUCAAUUGCUUGAGUUUAUGCGGGACGGAAUCUACUCUGUGUCUCAACUUAUGGACAUGGGCAAACAAAUGCUCGGCCGACGCCAUGUCUUACCCGAUGCCCUAACCACCGUUGAAGAAAUCCAAAUCGAGGGUACCUUUCCAGACGGCACCUACCUCGUUACGGUACACGAUCCCAUCUGCACAGACAGCGGCAAUCUUGAAAUGGCACUUUAUGGCAGCUUUCUCCCAACUCCCGAUAUUUCCCUCUUUCCACUCCCUCUGACUUCUCGGAGGCGGAGUGAUGGACCUGGCGCAAUUGUCACCAUGCCCGGAAAGAUCACAUUAAACGCCGGCCGAAAGCGUCUUUCACUUACCGUAACAAACUAUGGAGACCGGGCAAUUCAGGUAGGAUCUCACUACCAUUUUAUUGAAUCCAAUGCAGCACUUCACUUCAAUCGAGCUCUGGCUUACGGAAUGCGCCUCGAUAUUCCAGCCGGAACUGCUGUCAGAUUCGAACCUGGUGACUUCAAGACCGUGACGCUUGUUGAGAUUGGCGGAAAUAAGAUCAUCAGUGGCGGAAACAAUCUGGCUUCAGGGCCAGUCGAUCUCAUUCAACUGCCGGCCAUUGUGGACAAGAUUCUCAGCCAAGGUUUCAGACAUGAUGCCAACACACCUUUGCUUCCCAAUGCACCGGCCUAUCAAUUGGACCGAGACUACUAUGUCGAUCAUUAUGGCCCGACCACGGGGGACCGCAUCAGACUAGGCAACACAAACCUCUGGGCCCGUAUCGAAGCCGAUCAUACGGUCUAUGGCGACGAGUGUAAGUUUGGCGGCGGCAAAGUCUUGAGAGAAGGUAUGGGCCAAGCAACGGGUAUGUGUGACAAGGACGUGCUGGAUCUUGUGAUCACAAAUGCUGUCAUUGUUGAUCACUCGGGUAUCUACAAGGCCGAUAUUGGUAUCAAGAAUGGAAUCUUUGUUGGCAUCGGUAAGGCCGGAAAUCCAGAUGUCAUGGACAGCGUUACUCCAGGAAUGGUAGUUGGAGCCAGUACCGAGGCAUUGGCAGGUGAAGGCUUGAUAUUUACGGCUGGUGCUAUUGAUUCUCAUGUACACUAUAUCUGUCCCCAGAUAUGUGAUGAGGCACUCUCGAGUGGAAUAACAACCUUGAUUGGCGGAGGAACAGGCCCAAAUACAGGAACAAACGCGACCACAUGCACACCCGGCAAGUUUCACGUCGAGAUGAUGAUGAAGGCAACAGAUGACAUACCACUAAACUUUGGGUUUACUGGAAAGGGAUGUUGUGCUUCACAAGAAGCGCUGACUGAACAGAUUGAAUCCGGAUGUUUGGGAUUAAAGAUCCACGAAGACUGGGGAGCAACCCCGGCUGCAAUUGAUGCGUGCAUGACCGUAUGUGAAGAGCAAGACGUCCAGACAACUAUUCACACAGAUACUCUGAAUGAAAGUGGGUUUGUAGAGACAACAGUGGCUUCUUUCAAGGGCAGGACUAUUCACACAUACCAUUCGGAGGGUGCGGGAGGUGGACAUGCUCCAGACAUCGUUAGUGUGUGUGGGGAAUCAAAUGUCUUGCCUUCUUCUACAAACCCAACACGUCCCUUUACGACAAAUACACUGGAUGAACAUGUUGAUAUGCUGAUGGUAUGUCAUCACUUGUCAAAGAAUAUCCCAGAGGAUGUAGCGUUUGCAGAGAGCCGUAUCAGAGCUGAAACAAUCGCGGCUGAGGAUGUUUUGCAUGACAUUGGGGCGAUCAGUAUGAUCAGUUCUGACUGUCAGGCAAUGGGUAGAAUUGGAGAAGUUGUGUUGAGGACCUGGAAGACUGCCCACAAGAUGAGAGAACAGCGUGGUAAACUUCCUGAAGACAAGGGAAGAGAAGAUGAUAAUUUCCGUAUCCGCCGUUAUGUGGCAAAAUAUACAGUAAAUGUUGCAAUUGCACAUGGCAUUAGCCACUUGGUAGGGUCUAUAGAAGUAGGCAAGGUAGCCGAUCUAGUAGCCUUUUCACCUGCAUUCUUUGGUACAAAACCAGAGUUGGUUCUCAAGAGUGGAGUCAUUGUCUGGGCACAAAUGGGUGACGCAAAUGGAUCAAUUUCUACUACUCAACCAGUUGUGGGUCGUCGAAUGUUUGGUGCGAUGCCAUCUAGUUUAUCAUCUAGUUGUAUUUUGUUUGUCUCACAACUGUCUAUAGACUCUGGAGUGAUUGAAAAGUACAGUCUUCGGAAACGGAUUGAACCUGUCAAGGCCUGUCAGAAGAUUGGUAAAAAGGAUAUGAAACUCAAUAGUGCCACGCCAGUCAUAAAGAUUGAUCCAGAGACUUAUUCUGUGACAGCUGAUGGGCAUCCUUGUGUGUGUGACCCAGUGUCCACUCUGCCACUUACCCAAACCGUUUACCUCUUUUAA